AUGGCUUUCUUGCAUUUAUAUUACUUGAUUACUCCUCAAGAGGGUCUCUUCUCGACCGACCAAUCUUCUUCUCUGGUGGCUCUGUUUUUUGAUAUCAUUCUAUGUAAAUUGAUCUUCGAUCGGGUUAGAAGCUUCCCCAAGCUCCUCUCCAGGCUCUCCUUUUUCCUCCAAUCUCAACUGAGAUCUGGAGCUGAUGUAGAGAUAGUAGUACCGGAAGCAGAAGAGAAGAAGGAAGAGGCAAAGUUGGAGAGAAAACAGAGCCCAGCUCCUCUGGCAAUUAGCAGGGACGAUGUGGAGGUAGUGAUGGGAAAGCUCGGAUUUUUUUGCGACCCAGAAGCCGAACAGCUGAAACAAUCAAUGGGUGCUGAUCAGCUUCUGGAGUUGUUUGACGAGAAGGAGCCGAGCUUGGAGGAAGUGAAAGAAGCCUUCGACGUGUUUGACGUGAACAGAGAUGGAUUCAUUGAUGAAACAGAGUUGCAGAGGGUUUUGUGUCAGUUGGGAUUGAAGGAAGGAGGUGAGAAGGAGAGCUGCAAGAAGAUGAUUAGAGCUUUUGAUGUGAAUGGGGAUGGGAGGAUUGAUUUCUGUGAAUUUGUCAAGUUUAUGGAUCACAGUUUAUGUUGA